AUGACUACUACAAAUAAUAUUAGGAUAUAUAAUUUGAAGGCUUUUCGAGAAUUACGAAUUGUUACAUUAGAAAAACCUAGUAAAUUUGAUGAAAAAGAAGAGUGCAUAAAAGUAAGAAUAUUAUCUAAUAACACUUUGAAUAAAAGUGAAAAGAAUAUGUGUACAGCAGAAAUAUUUGGUAGGGAAUUAAUAUUAGAUAAAGACUAUUAUUUUGGUUUUAAUGAAAAAUUUUCAAUAUACACUUAUACUGGAUGUAUUAUUCAAAUAAAAGGAAAAACAUUACAAGAAUAUGAAAGCAAAAAUUCUACUAUGAAGGAUUAUUUAUCUUUGUCUUAUAUUUUAGAUGCUUAUAGAAAAUUAGCAAAAAAAAAAAAACAAAUUGGUCCUAGAAUAUUAAUAACUGGAAAUAAUAAUUCAGGAAAGAGUUCUGUUUCUUUAUUAUUAUGCAAUUAUGCAUUAAAAUCUGGGUUUAAACCAAUUUUUAUUGAAACAGACACAAAAUGUAGUUGUGAUAAAAUUGAAUUAAAUAAUGGACCAGGUAUUAUGAGCUGUUUUGUUUAUGAUAAUAUGAAUAUGAAAUAUUCACUUGAUUUUUUUUUUGGUUAUUUAGACAUUAAUGAAGAUAUAAAUUUAUAUUAUCAUAUUAAUGAAUGUUUAAGUAGUUGCAUACAUUUAAUGUUGUUGAAUAAUUUAAAUUUUCAAUCAACUAAUUUUAAAAAUAAUACAGAACAAGAAGUAAUAUAUUCAUCUGGAUUUAUUUUAAAUGUACCAUCAGAAGCAGAUCACAAAAUUAUUCAAAAUUUAAUUGAAAUUUAUAAUAUUAAUAUAGUUAUUGUUAUUGAUAAUUCUUUUCUUCAUUAUUCACUGAAAGAACAUUACAAUAAAGUUGAUUCAACUAGUAUUGACGAAGUAAACUAUGAUAUUAUUUUAAAUAAUAACAAUAAUAAUAAAAAUAUUGAUUGUAAUAAUGAUGAUAACAAUUUAGACAACCCUGAUAAUAAUAAUAAUAAUAAUAAUAUCACAGAUAAUAAUGAAAAUAAUAGUAAUGAUAAUAAUAAAAACAAAAAUGUCAAUAAUGAUAAAACAAGAAACGUUGAAAUUAUAGGGAUGCCUAAAUUUGAAGGAGUAAUACCAUCUGAUAAUAAUCGACUACGAUAUUGUAGAAAUCUAUGGUUUUAUAAUUACUUUUCAAAAGAUAUAAAUGUUAAUAAUACUUUUUAUAAAAAAAGUCAUAUAUUAAAUUUUAAAUAUAGUUCAACCAAUUUUGUAAAACUAGAUACAAAUUCAGCCGUUCCUUUAUCAGCUUUACCAGCUGAUUGUAAAAAUAAAAAAAUAGAAAAUGUAUCAGUUAGCUUAUACAGUAGCAAUAUCAAAAAUUUAAUCAAUUGUAUUUUAGGUGUUUCUUAUUCUAAUGAUUUCCUUUAUGUUCAUCUUAUGAAUAUAGCUGCUUUCGUUCAUGUUCAGAAUAUAAAAGAAAUUGAAAAUGAAGAAAACGAAGAAAAUAAAAAUGAUUAUUUAAUCGAAAUUCUAUGUCCAAUUUCUAUAACAUCAAAUAAUAUCCCACCUUAUUUUAUAGUUCCUGGAAACAUUAAACAAAUUAAAUUUUAA